AUGAUGCAAUCAGGACUUGCAGCUGUUUUCUUUUUCUUGUUGGGUUUGCCAUUAUGCCUGACAAUCCCUAUUCCCCUUGAAGACAGCCAUGAAUUCACAGAAAAGGACCUUCAGUUUGCAGAGCGCUAUCUCAGGACUCACUAUGAUCUCCAUCCCAAUCCUGCUGGCAUAAUGAGGAAGAGUGGAAACACAGUGGCAGCCAAACUUCGGGAAAUGCAAGCUUUUUUUGGCUUGGAGGUGACAGGCAAACUAGAUGAAGAAACAUAUGAGCUGAUGCAGAAACCAAGAUGUGGUGUCCCAGAUGUGGGGGAAUAUAACUUUUUCCCUAGAAAACUCAAAUGGUCAAAAAUGAAUUUGACAUACAGAAUUAUGAAUUACACUUCAGAUCUGAGGCGUAAUGAAGUAGAGAGAGCUUUCAAAAAAGCAUUUAAAGUUUGGUCUGAUGUGACGCCACUGAACUUCACCAGAAUACGAAGUGGUACAGCUGAUAUCAUGAUCUCCUUUGGCACUAAAGAACAUGGUGACUUCUACCCUUUUGAUGGACCCUCUGGAUUACUGGCACAUGCUUUUCCCCCGGGCCCAGACUAUGGAGGAGAUGCUCAUUUCGAUGAUGAUGAAGUUUGGUCAGAUGAUUCCAAAGGCUAUAACUUGUUUCUUGUUGCUGCCCAUGAAUUUGGUCAUUCACUGGGACUUGAACACUCUAGAGACCCUGGAGCUUUAAUGUUCCCAAUCUACACAUACACUGGAAAAACUGGUUUUGUGCUUCCUGAUGAUGAUGUGCAAGGGAUCCAAGAGCUCUAUGGUGCUGGAGACAAAGAUCCCAACCCAAAACAUCCCAAAACACCAGAGAAAUGUGAUGUAGAAUUAUCACUUGAUGCAAUAACAGAACUUCGUGGAGAAAUGCUGAUCUUCAAGGACAGGUUUUUCUGGCGACUGCACCCUCAGAUGGUUGAGGCAGAACUGGUGCUACUUAAGUCCUUUUGGCCAGAGCUUCCAAAUAAAAUAGAUGCAGCUUAUGAAAAUCCCAUCAAAGAUCUUGUGUUCAUGUUUAAAGGAAAGAAAGUCUGGGCUCUGAAUGGUUACGACAUAGUUGAAGACUUCCCUAAAAAGAUAUAUGAAAUGGGAUUCCCAAAAGAAAUGAAAAGAAUAGAUGCAGCCGUCCAUGUAAAGGACACUGGCAAGACUCUCUUUUUUACUGGUAAUAAGUACUGGAGUUAUGAUGAAGAGGCAGAGGUUAUGGACACAGGCUAUCCCAAGCUGAUAGAGGAAGAAUUCGCAGGAAUUGGUGAUAAAGUGGAUGCGGUCUAUGAAAGAAAUGGUUACCUCUACUUCUUCAAUGGACCACUGCAGUUUGAAUAUAGCAUCUGGAGUCAAAGAAUUGUCCGUGUCCUGCAUACUAACUCCCUGUUUUGGUGCUAA